AUGUUUCAAUUGUUGAUCGGAAGAAAUUUGUUUCUUUUUGGAUUCGUACUGAUAUUGGUGUGUUUACUUGAAAGAGAGGUACAUCGGAAGGUGGUGGUUCAUGCGUUUCCGAUUUAUGAUUCCAAUGUCAUUGGUAGAGGAAUAUCAAUCACCACCACCACAACCACUACCAUUCAGACAACAAGAACAACAACAACCAAUAAUGAGAUGGAUUCAUCCAUGAGGAGAUCAAGGCUCGGUGGAAUUGCUGCUGGGAAUGCCAUUCCAUACUUUGAAACGGAGUGUGGAACGAACUUUGAAGUGGGUCAACAAAUUGGAGCUCAUUUCAAAGAUAGAAUCCGAUCUCUGUUAUUCAACACUUCUCUUCCAUUCCAGAAAGUCUAUCUCCCUUUUUCGAAACAAUUUCCAGAAGUCAUUACACAACUAUAUCAAGUCAACAAGUUUUAUUUUCCUGAAUAUAUACAAGAGAUUGAGGGUGUAGCGAGUGGAGUUAAUGUCAGCUCUGAAUGGAUCUUUUUGUUGAAUGUUGGAGUUGAAAUUGAAAAUGACAUUUCAAAUGCAUCCAUGACUAUUCAUUCCAAAAAGUGGUUGGACAAAAUGCCAUUUUUGGAUAAACAAUGCUCAGACAUUUUUGUGUCAGUCGUAGACAAUACAAACACGACGACCAAUGCACAACAUAGAAUCGCUUUACUCGGUCACAAUGAAGAUGCAUCUAGUUAUAGCCAAAAUUAUGACUAUAUUGUGAAGAGUUGUAUCAAAUCAGACAAGUCCAAAGAUCCUCUAAUAUUCACAGCAUAUCAUUAUGCAGGUCAGUUGCCAGGCAAUGCAUUUGGAUGGAAUGAAUACAUGGCCUUCUCUACCAAUGCUCAAUUUCCAACCAUUGUUCGUCAUGGAGGUCAUGGAGUGGCACGCAAUUUUGUGAAUCGAUUUGUAUAUGAAUCGAAAAGCAUUGAGCAAGCAAGUGGAGCGUUGAGAAAGUUUGGAUUCAUUCUCGCCUCUGGUUUUGCUUCAAAUUUUGCUGCAUUACCAACCAAAGAUUCACCUCAAUAUGAAAUGGCAGACAUUGAAAGUGCUCCCAUGAUUACACAAGGAGUUUUGGAAAUGGCGAUUCACAAAGUAGCACCUGUGGUGGUUGACAAUAUUCACCCCACGUUUUACUUUCAUUUAAAUUCUUACAGAAAUUUAAAGGUUCCUCAAUAUUUAGAUCCUAGUAGUGUUCACAGACAAUCACGAAUGGAACAAUUUUCAAGAAAUAGUGUCACUACACCACAACAAGUGCUCGCCAUUCUAGGUGACAAUCAUGAUAAGGAAUAUCCUAUUUAUCGAAAUGGAGCUCCUCCAGAUACCGAUGUUAAAACAGUGGCAACUGUUCUGUUCAAUCUUGUGACAAGAGAAGUGAGCAUUUAUAAUGAAAAUCCAAAAUAUGACAAGCCUAUUUAUGUUUUCAAGAAUUGGAUGGAUUUGAAUGUAAACAGUCAUUCAUAUUACCUUUCAUUGCAAAAACUCAUUCAUCAUCUUGCUCCUCAAACCUCCCUUCCUUCUCAUCCACUCCAACAUGAUGCAAAGCCUUCUUCUCAAAUUCACCAUCUUGCAUCUUCCAACUAUGAUUUUUCAUCAUCACCCGAAGAAGCCAUCAUCAUGGUUGAUAACGAACGUGAUUUCCAUGAUUUAUCCAAAGCAUUCCGAGAAGUAUCAUCUUUGAUUCCUUCUCCAAAGAUUAUUAUGGGAGAUUUGACUCAAUUUUUGAAAAGUGUUCAGAAUGAAACAAACGACAAAAUCAACAACAAACGAAAUUUCAAUGAAACACUCGAUCACAACACUACUGCUGCUUAUGUAUUCAAUGGUUCAUCCAUUGCUCAAAAUUAUACGAGCAGUAGUAAUGACAACAAGCAGACCUUAGAAUCAAAUCAUCAUGAUCAUCGAAAAGAAUUGAGUUCCACCUUUGGCAUGAAGAUACAAGGGACUCCACAUUUUUCAACAGGUAUCUCUAUAUCUGCUGACGCAGCUGAAGAUGAGCUCGAUAUUCUCGUGAGGAGAGCCGAAGAAAUGAGAAUUCAAGAAGAAUUGAUUGAGAAAGGCACAUUGAAACACGCCUCUGGAAAAAUCUAUGAAGUGGUGAAAUACAUUCCACAUUUAAUUGUUCCAACCUAUGUUGAGGAAAGUACUCGAGCCGGAAUGGAGAGUCGAGAACGACGACGACAGAGAAUCAAGAUUUUGUACGAUGUGCAAACAACACGAGCUCAAACACCUGCGUUUCUAGAUGUGUCACAAGAUGAUCCAAAAACACCUCUGGCCUUUCGAUACAUUCGAAUUAUUCUCACUACUGCUGAAGCUAGAAGAGCACAAGAUAUUCAUCUCGAUCAAUACAGUGCGAAUUGUAUGAGCAUUGUUUAUGCCACUCAGUUGGGAGUGACUGGAAAAUUAGUUCUCAAAGGAGCAGUCGUGCAAUCCAUUAUUUACUAUAUUGCAUUCUAUGAUUUGUUGAGCAGUGGAAAACCAAUGCCAGGAGCUGUGAGAGAUUACUCACUGAAAAUUAAGGUUCGUUCGCAUGAUUUUUUGCAAGGCACUUUUAAUGUCUAUCGUGUGAAUUGUAUCCGAACGAACCAUGAAUUGGGACUCUAUCAUAUUGUGAUGAGAACUUUACAAAAUUAG